AUCCAGCGCUGCUCAUGGGCAUGGGCAGGGGUCCUGAGUGCUCUCGGCUGCCCCAGGACCCGCGAGGAAGCUCUUGCCUCAUCGCCACUGGCGAAGGCAGCCAGGCAGCGCUGCGGCCCCUGGCACUGCGGCGCCUGCGCCAGCCUGGCAUGGGAGACGUGCCCAAGAUCCUGACGGAGAUCGCGAAGCGGCUCAACGUGAUCUGCGCCCAGCUCAUCCCGUUCCUGUCUCAGGAGCACCAGCAGCAGGUGGUCCAGGCCGUGGAGCGUGCGAAGCAGGUGACUAUGACCGACCUGAACGCGGCGAUCGGGGUACCUCUGCUCUCUCCUCCCGCUCCUCCCCAGCACCAGCUCCAGACCCAGCACCUCUCGCACCAUGCUCCCCCUAUCCCGCUGACCCCCCACCCCUCCGGGAUGCAGCCCACCGGCCUCGCCGGCAUCAGCAGUGCCUCAGGGCUGCUGGCGCUCUCAGGGGCGCUGGGGGCCCAGGCCCAGCUCCUCGCCAAAGAUGACCGAGGAGUCCACGACUCCGAGCCCAGGG